CGUCAUUUGCACACGCUCUUGCAGUCUGUCAUAGACACCAAGAAGACACCAUUCCGACAUCCACACCAUCUGCACGCUUCCAGCCCAGUCCAAGCUCCGACCGACCUCACCUCCACGCUCCCUCCAACCGCACCUCCGCAAUUCCUUCCCAGCCGCCAGCACCAAUACGCUUUCCUUGACAGCCCCCGCUGUACAUAACAACGAAUACAAUUGAACAAUUCCAGCGUCAGCUUGAGCACUUGCGUGGAUUGUGAACGAGCUUAUCACCCAAACCUUCAAUCCCCACACAAUAGCUAGGAACAAUGUCCGCAUCGCCGACCAUUGCCGCCUCCACCAAGCGUCCGCUUGAGGAGCCCUCUUCCCCCGCCGGAACCAAUGACCAGCCUGACGCUAAGCGCCCUGCGCUCGACAAACUGGUGAAAGAUGAGACCAUUACCGACGACAUUGAGACAGCACUUCCUGUCAGGGCAGAGAGCAUCGCUACAGAAGAUAUAAAGGCCGAAGAAGUCAAGCCAGAAGACGAGACUGCUCAGGUAGCCGCUCAGAAUGGCGAUGAGCACGCUCAGGUGGACACAGUCGUUCCCGAUGCUCCUGCCAUUCUUGAGACCCAGCCCAUCCAAUCCACUGCUGGUGCUAACGGCCGCCCCGCCAACAGCAACCAGCAAGUUGACGAGUCGAACUGGCUGCAUCUGCGAGCAUGCAUUGGUACCAGUGAAGCUGCGACCAUCAUCGGCAAAGGCGGCGAGAACGUGACCCAGAUUCGACGUCUUUCUGGUGCGAAGUGCACUGUGAGCGACUACUCACGUGGUGCUGUUGAGCGCAUCCUCACUGUGAGUGGUCAAGUCGACGCGGUUUCCAAAGCAUUUGGCUUGAUCGUGCGCACUUUGAACCAAGAGGAUCUCGAGAACCCUUCAACAUCCACCUCCAAGGCCUACCCCAUGCGUCUUCUCAUUCCUCAUAUCCUCAUUGGAUCUAUUAUUGGUAAAGCCGGAGUCCGUAUUCGCGAGAUACAGGAGGCUUCCAACGCAAAGCUGAACGCUUCUGACACCCUGCUGCCCAACUCUGGCGAGCGGUCAUUGGUUGUCCUUGGUGUCGCCGACGCUGUGCACAUUGCUGUGUACUAUGUUGCUCAAACAUUGGUGGAGCAGUUAACAGAGCGUUUCGGUGGUCCCGCCGCGUCCCAGUACGCAACACGAAGUGGCAUGGCUGCAAAUGUCGUCCCUGGAGGCAUGUCCGUUCAGCCAUACGUCCCUCAGCCCGCUGGAGGUCAGUACUCGCAACCUCACCCGCACAACUUCCGUCGACCGGAACCUCAGCGUACUCCUCAGCAUGCAGGUUAUGGCGCUCCUCACAUGCAUGGUCAGCCGCCACAGCAGGCACCGUAUGGACACCCUAGCAUGGCGUACGGAGCUGGUUCGCCUGCUCGAGCUCAUUAUGGGGGCCAGCCACAGCCGGCGCCGUAUGCUGGCCACCACGGUGCAGCGCCAGUUGCACAUGGUGGUGCCCCCAACCAGCCGCCAGUCCAGAUGCCAGGUCAACCCCUCACGCAGCAGAUCUUCAUUCCCAAUGACAUGGUGGGUGCUAUCAUCGGUAAGGGCGGUGCGAAGAUCAACGAAAUCCGUCAGCUUAGUGGUAGCGUCAUCAAGAUCAACGAGCCUACAGACAACAGCAACGAACGUCUCGUCACGAUCACGGGUACACAGGAGUGCAACCAGAUGGCACUGUACAUGCUGUACUCCCGACUUGAAUCGGAAAAGCACCGUAUCUAAGUACUUACGUUACUUCCGAAGCUACUUUGCAUGCACGCGUCUCUUGACGAUGUGUUGCCUUGUGCUUCUAUGACUUAAAAC